AUCUCCUUAACAGUCUGCAGUUUCUACUUUCUAUCCUCUGACCUCUAGUAGUAGCCAAAACCCAAAAGAAACAAAAAAGAAAAAAACAGGAAAAAUAAUAAAGCCGAAAAACAAUAUUUAUAUUCGAAAUUAUCGAGAAUCGUGAUAAAAUUUGGUUUACCUCAUUUUCUCUCUCAUCGGAGGAGUUGUGGCGGCGUGGCUGUGACCUUGAUGGAUAAUCAAGCUUCCACCAACAAUAAUCACAAUUAACUCCGAUUCAAAACCCUAAUUUCACUGUAAAUACAAAAUUUCCCAAUGUUUUCGUGGAAUUUCGCGAAAUCGGCGGAGGCAAUUUUGUCUCGUUUCGCCAUUAAAAGAUUGUGUAAGUUCUUGCUGAAGAAGAAAUUAGGACAAUUUAUACUCGGAGAAAUCGAUCUUGAUCAACUCGAUGUUCAACUUUCUGCUGGUAUAAUUCAGCUUACUGAUGUCGCUCUUAAUGUUGAUUUUCUUAAUCAAAAGUUGGCGCAAGCAUCGAUAUUUAGAUUGAAAGAAGGAUCAAUCCGCUCGCUGUUAGUAAAAAUGCCUUGGAACGGUAAAGGAUGUGAAGUUGAGGUGGAUGAGCUUGAGCUUGUGAUUUUCCCAUGCUCCAAUGACAGUUCAUGCGAGGGCUCUAAAACUCAUGACUCGAGUGAAGAGUGCUGUGUAAGUCAUGACUCGGGAAAGGGUGAACAUGAUUUUGUCCACAAGUCCUCUACUGCUUCUGUCAAUGUACAUGAAGGAGUCAAGAUAGUUGCUACAAUGGUGAAGUGGUUAUUGACAAGCUUCUGUAUCAAAAUAAAGAGUGUGAUUGUUGCAUUGGAUGUUGGGUUAGAAGGAGAUAUGGAGAAAGAAAGGCCUCAUGACGCAUUGGUAUUGCGAGUUGCUGAAAUUGAAUGUGGAGCUUGCAUUUCUGAAGAGAGGAACUUAACUGAUUGUUCAAAUGCUGAAAAUUUUCUGGGGAUAAGCCACCUGACAAAUUUUCUGAAAUUCCAAGGAGCUACUGUUGAACUUCUUAACAUGAAUAGAGGUGACAGUCAAACAUAUCCUGCUCCUCAAGCUGCAGCCAUCGACUCCUGUCUGCCUAAUGCUUCAAAACAUCUGUUGACUGGGGAAAGAGAUGGUUUUGGUGGCUCUAUGAAGCUGUCUAUUCCUUGGGAGAACGGCUCUUUAGAUACUCGCAAAAUGGAUGCAGAUGUUAAUUUGGAUGCUUUAAUAUUAAAAUUACAACCCGACACCCUAAAGUGGAUACUGGGUACCUGGGAAUUGCUUGAGAACUAUGAGAAUAACAAGUUUGAUAAUAUUAUUAACGAGCCUUUGGAUCCAGCUCUCUCUGAUUCAACAUCUCAGUGCAAUCUACCAGCUUUACCUUCUUCCGCACAGUCUAUUGAAAAUAGUACACCAGGUUUUAUGAGUUCAGUUAAUGUCAACAUUCCACCGAGAGAAGAAAUCGUUACAGAUGUUCUUUUGAAAGAAUCAUGUUUCAUUUUGGAUUGGGUGCCCUUUUCUACUGGAAACUGUGAGAACAAGGGAAUUGAAGAGGCAGAUUUAGGAGCCAGUGUAGAUCAAUUUUUCGAAUGUUUCGAUGAGAUGAGGAGUUCCCAGUUCGCCUUGGGGAGCAGUGGAAUGUGGAAUUGGACAUGCUCUGUUUUCAGCGCGAUAUCUGCUGCAUCAAAUCUUGCUUCUGGAUCUUUCUAUGUUUCUACUGAGCAGCAGCAUGUGGAAACAAAUCUCAAGAUAAAUCUUGUUGGACUGUCAACAAAUUUUUCCUUUUCUGAUGAAGAUCAGUUGGCUCAGCACAAGCCAGCUGAUGAGCAAGUUGAUACAUAUUUUGAUGUCCAUUAUCUGGGUUUGAGAUGUGAAGACAUUCUCAUAGGCGUCCUGGUACAUCCUCAAGAGUGGAAAUUGGAAGCUACUGUCAAGCACAUCGUGUUAGAUGAGUACUUUAGUCGAAAUGCAAAUUCUGUAGAUUUCAAUCUGCGUGGUAAUGAGGAAAGAUUUAGUGGUCAAAAUGGUAUGAUCCGAGCGUUGCAAGAUGAGGUUCUAGGUGUUCUUCCUUCAAGGUGCUUCUUUUCUGGGUCAUCAUUUGAUGCAUCCAAGAUUGGGAAUGGUCCCUCUAGUUUAUCAAGUACACAAAACUGUGCUUGCGGCAGCAAUACAGUGAAGGCUACCCUGUUUGAAACUUCUGGUGUAAAUAGUUUUCUUUUUGCUGCAAGUUCAAAAUCCUCUGAUGAUCGGCUUACUAGGCGUGUUUCCUUUUCAUUAAAGCUUCCACCUUUCAUCUUGUGGUUGAAUUUUGACUUAGUGAAAAUGGCAUUGGAUAUUUCAAGGGAAGUUGUAAAUUGUGACAGACUGGACACAUCUGGGGCUGAGUUUUCUUCUGCAGCCUUUGAAGAGAAGCAUAGAUGUUAUCCUCCUCCUAAUGUCCCGGUUGCAUCUUGGAAGGGAAGCGUGGGAGGAAGCAUAUUUCUUCCUCAAGCUAGAAUUAUUUUAUGCUUUCCGUUCAAAAAUACUGGAGGUUAUAGAAGCUACAUCUCCUGUAAUCAAUUUAUUGCUGUUGAUUUCUCUUCCCCAUCUAAUUUCGGAGAUUUGAAAGGUGAAGAGUCUGUUCUUGUUCGAGAAAGUAUAUCUUGGAAGAAUUAUUCUCCAUCACCAUCUCACUCAGUGCAUCUAAAUGUUGUUAAUUUGGACGUUUACCAUAUUACUUGUUCUGUGGUUGACCAUAUAGUUAGGUCUACUGAGUCGGAGAGUAGGCAAUUUUAUUCGUACAAAAUUCUGUCCCUUGGGAAUGGGACACAUUGGGUUGGCUUGAUCAGUAUGCUUUGGCGCGAAGAUGCAAAAACUGGUGCUUGGAUCAUGAAGAGUGCAAAGAGUUUAGUAACAUCCGAUGGGCCAGCAAGUAAAGUGUCAUCUGCAACAAGUGAUUACGAUUUUGCUUCUGUAUCAACCAGGGAACAUAAGGGGGAUUCAUCUUCCCAAAAACAGAAGGAGCUGAUACUGAGCUCCAAAUUCUGUAUACAUAUUUGUGUACCUGCCGUGGUGGUUACUCUCUGCAGGUCUGAGUAUUUAUCUGUUUUUCACCUUUUGAAUCAUGCCAUGGAUGCAUUGUCCAGUGCAGGUGGUGACACAGCUUAUGACAUUAGAGGAACAAGUGUAAACCAAUCAUCAGUCGUUCUUGAAUGUGGUCUGGUGGAAGUUUAUAUUGAACUGGAGCAAGGGGAUGGGCCUAAAAGCUCAUUGGAGAGGGAACUUCCUGGGUCAUGGCACAAGUUAAGGCUGGAAAUCCAGUAUUUUCAAUUGCUUUCUGUUGCUGAUGUUGGGGCUGUCAAUGAUGCUACCUUUCUCUGGGUAUCCCACAGGGAAGGGAAGCUGUGGGGUUCUGUUACUUCGAUGGCAGAUCAGGAUAUUCUUCUAAUCUCUUGUUUCAAUAGUUCAAAUGGGCGUGGAGAUGGAGAAGGUUCAAAUGUUUUAUCCUGCAACCAUGCUGGCACUGAUUUUAUGCACUUGUCCGACCCCGAGAGUUUCCAUAACUUUAUGUCAAUUGUUUUGAAAUGUGGAACUAUUGUUGCGCCAGGAGGACGCUUAGAUUGGCUGGAUAAGAUAAUUUGUUUUGUUAGCUUGCCAUCUCCUGAAAUAGGUGAAACAGCAGACUGCAAUGGGAAGAAAGUGGAGCCUCAGAAUGUUUCGUUACUUUUGAAAUUUACCGAUGGGGCAUUGAGCUAUGAGCCGUACUUUUCGGAGUUAGGAGUCAAUGGAGAAUGUCUCAAUCCUAAGUCUCGUAUUUCUAUUGGCCUUGAUGAUAACCGAUGUGAUCCAUAUGUUGCUUGUCUACUGGCUGCAUCAUCUUUAACACUUUCAAGUACAAUGGUAGCAGGUAGUCUAGAAAAUGAUUAUCAUAUCAGACUGCGAGAUGUGGGUCUUCUUCUUCAUGAAGCCUCAAAGCAGGAAAAGGUCGUUGGUGAAUAUGGUGUUGGUCAUCUACAUGAACUUGGCUACGUCAAAAUUGCCGGGGAGGCUGUAGUUGACGCAAUCUUGAGAAUCAAUUGUGAAAAUGACGUUUACUGGGAUUUAACAUGUUCUGAAUCUCAUGUUGUUUUCAGUACCUGUCAUGAUACAACACUUGGUCUAAUACGUUUGGCUUCUCAAAUUCAGCAGCUUUUUGCUCCAGACAUCGAGGAGUCUCUUGUGCACUUGCAGAACAGGUGGAAUUCUUCAAAACAAGUGCAGGGAGAGGAGGAUGAUAUUACAAUAUCAGAAACCAGCAGCAAUUCUUCCCCAAGGAUAUUGCAGGCGCAGCAACUUGCUCCAGAUUCAAAGGUUGAAUCUCGGCUGGCUAACUUGAUGGGAGAAAUAUCUGAAGAUGCCUUUUUGUUUUGUCAAAAAACCAUGAACUCCCUUGACAGGUCAGAAUUCGGUGCAGUUGAGGGAAUCGAUGGAGGUAUAUGUCAUGAGAGGCAUAGCGUCACUUAUCCGUAUCAUGAAAAUUAUAUGGAAGAUGGUCAUUCGCCAAUUCUGCAGAAAUCGAAGAUUAUGGAAGGCUAUAGCCUGUCAGGUUUAAGAUCAUUGUCAGAACUAACAGUUAACAGCCAUUUUACAGAAGGUAAUAUUCGGUCAAAUUCGGACAGGGGAAAUGUUGAUGUUCAAAGAGGAAAAAGUGGAUGGUAUGGGAGUAACUCUUUGAGAAUUUUCGAAAAUUAUGUUCCAGAUAGAACAAGUCAAUCUCGUUCGAAACAGCUGUUGGAAGGCCAUCUUAAGGAAGAUAAUGUUUGCCAAAGAUUUAAAGGACGCUUAUCUCUGAGAAAUGUUGAUAUUAAAUGGCGUAUGUACGCGGGUUCUGACUGGCAUGACUUGGGGAAAACCGUCCGGCAUUCUGAAGAUAUCUAUGGAAGGGACGGAUCUGUAUGUCUGGAGCUUGCACUAUCUAACAUGAAUAUCCAUUGUGACAUCUUUCCAGAUGGGGACUUGUGUGUAUCUAAACUUUGUCUUUCUAUCCAAGAUCUUCACCUUUAUGACAAAAGCAGAAAUGCUCCUUGGAAACUGAUGCUCGGGUAUUAUAAUUCUAAGGAACGGCCUAGACAAUCGUUUUCGAAGGCAUUCAAACUUGACUUGGAAGCUGUCAGACCAGAUCCCAUGACUCCUCUUGAGGAAUACCGGUUACGUGUAGCUGUCCUUCCAAUAUUAUUGCAUCUUCACCAAAGCCAGCUUGAUUUUCUUAUCUCCUUCUUUGGAGGUCAGUGCCCGCCAGAUGAUCCCUCUCAGAGCGAUACACAAGAUUCGAAUUCAUUAGAUAUAACCUUAGCUAAAGAUAACAAGUUGAAAGGUGUUGGCCUCGCUGAUGAGGCAUUGCUUCCAUUUUUUCAGAAGUUUGACAUAUGGCCUAUUAUACUUCGAGUUGACUACUGUCCUAGCCGUGUUGACCUCGCGGCGUUAAGUGGAGGGAAAUAUGUGGAACUUGUAAACCUUGUGCCGUGGAAGGGAGUUGAGCUACAUCUUAAGCAUGUUCAAGCUGCUGGUGUUUAUGGCUGGGGUAAUGUAUGUGAAACAGCAAUCGGGGAAUGGCUGGAAGAUAUUUCUCAAAAUCAGAUCCAUAAGCUAUUGCAAGGCCUUCCUACUGUUCGAUCAAUUGUUUCUGUAAGCUCUGGUGCUGCAAAGUUCGUUUCAUUGCCGGUGAAGAAUUAUAGAAAGGAUCAUAGAUUAGUGAAGGGUUUACAAAGAGGGACUGCGGCAUUCCUCAAGAGCAUUUCACUUGAAGCUCUUGGACUUGGUGUGAAUUUGGCAGCAGGGGCUCAUGAGAUUUUGCUUCACGCGGAAUGUAUUCUCACGAAAAUUCAGCCAUCUUUACCCCAUCCUAUUAGAAGCAAUCUCAAGGCUAACCUGGGAUCUGUAGGGUCUGAUCAGCCAGAAGAUGCUCAACAUGGACUUAAGCAGGCUUAUGAAAGUCUUAGUGACGGCCUUGGAAAGACUGCCUCGGCAUUAAUUCAUACUCCCAUGAAAACAUAUCAGCGAGGUGGUGGUGCUGGUUCUGCUUUUGUGAGUGCAGUCAGGGGAGCUCCUGCUGCUGCCAUAGCUCCUGCUUCCGCUGCUGCACAAGCUCUGCGCUGUGCCCUUCUUGGUGUCAGAAACAGCCUUGAUCCCGAACAUAAGGAAGAAUCUCUGAACAAGUAUUUGGGGUCAUCUCGAUCCUGGAAGAAAAGUUGAAUGUACUGACGCAUUCUCAAUGUUAAUUGCGGACUUUAUUUUCAGCAGGAAUUGAAGGUUUCCUAAAGUGAUAAUUGAGCUUAUAUGAGUUUCCUCAAAGCUUUGGAGUCAGUUGGGCAGAGUCAACAUUUGCUUCUUCCGAUCCUUGUGCACUUCCUAUAUCAUGUGUAAAUUUGGCCUGAUCAAACAAAUUCUUCACCAGUGGAGUGAAUAGCUAGAGAUAGUCGCUGUACAUGUUGUAAAUAGUCAUUUAUUGGUGGUUAAAUUAUUAGCAGCACAUAAGAGCCUUGUAUUUUACCUUUUGUGCAUAGUGAGAGCAUAGAGCAUAGAGAUGUGUUUCUUCUUUAUUCCUUAAUUCUUUAGAAGCUGCAUUCGUCAAGUCGUAAUGUGGUUUCUAUUUGAUGUACAUAGUUUGCUUUAGUUAAGCAUGAGUACGAUAAUUUGUUUAAAUGCGUUACUAAGUUUGGUGAGAAUUGUGUACCAAAUAUCAAUGUUAUCAUGAUGAGAAUCUGACAAUUGGUACUCCAUCCC